CCAUAUCAGCAACCCUAAAAUGCAAAAUGUUAUACAAAUUGUUGAAAGUCUGUAAUGUAUAAAAAUUCCUAUGACCAUAUCAUGAACCCUAAAAUCCCAAAUUAACCAUCUUAAAAUAAUGAAUAUCUAUAUUAUUUUUAUGGCUUUCAAGCAGCUUUAUUUGUGAAAUCAAAAAACCAUAACGGAGAAAACAACGUGAAGAAAUUAGAGUUAUCAUUUGUGCAUCUAGUUAUGAUGGUCCUUCCUAACGAUCUCAUCACAGAGGUACUUUCUGUUCUUCCUGUCAAAUCUCUUCUCCGUUUUAAGUGUCUCAGUGAUCCUUUGAACACCCUCAUCUCCGAUCCUGCUUUCGUGAAAUUGCAUCUUAAGAGAUCAAAAAGACAAAAUCUGCUCUUCUCAUUUGUAAAAUGUCACGAAGCAGAAAUCUCCGAGUCCGCCAUUUAUAGUUGGCUUGAUUGCAACCUUGUUCCAUACCCUAUACCCCGUUUACUCGAUAACUCCUCACUCACCCUCUUUGAUGGUGUUAACUAUUAUUUGAACAACAAAGGAUGCCGUCGUAUAAUUGGUUCAUGCAAUGGCUUAAUUCUUUUGACUGGUGAUUUUAUAAAUCACAAAGGUAAUGUAGGAGAGUAUCGGCCUAUAGAUUACUGGUUCUGUGUUUGGAAUCCAGCCACCAGAAGAGUUUCUAAAAAUUUUGGACAUUUUCGUGAGUAUGGUUCUUCAUCUAAACACUUCUUCUUCGCAUUUGGUUGUGAUAAUUCUAAGGACACUUAUAAAGUGGUGUCGUGCUGUUACGAUCUUUAUGAAUUGACCUCUGAUGUGAAAGUUCUUAGUUUGGGUGAUGAUGUUUGGAGAAAAGUUGAAACUUUCCCAGUUGUUCGUCUUUUAUCCGAUUAUGUAUAUAUGAGUGAAACUCUCAAUUGGUUGGCCAUUCAAAAUGAUGAUAUUGGUGCUGAGAAAAUUGUUAUUGGUUCAUUUGAUUUGAGAACCGAGACAUUCAAUCAGUAUCUACUGCCUCGUUAUUUUGACGAAGUGUCUAGAGAGGCCGUCUUUGGUGUGUUGGAGGGCUGCAUUAGUUUUUCUUAUGGUUACAAGGAAACUCAUUUCGUUAUAUGGCAGAUGAAACAAUUUGGGGUUCAAGAUUCUUGGACUCGCCUCCUUAAAGUUAGUUACGAGAAUCUUCAAAUAGGCUAUGCCAAUAGUAAUUUGUCUAGUAGGUAUAAUUUUUAUGUGAUGCCAUUGUUUCUUUUGAAUGAUACAUUGGUAUUGAUGAGUCGUCAAGAAUCCCAGGCAAUUAUCUACAAUUGGAGAGAUAAUAGAGUGAAGCGAACAAAAGUUAUUGCUGGUAAUGGAAUUAAAGAUACUGGAAAUAGCUGUUAUUUAAGUUGGGAAUUUUCCAAAGAUUUUGUUGAAAGCUUAGUACCAAUUUUCUGAAAGUCGAUCAAGUUGAGCAUGAAGAUAUCAGAUGCAGCUAUCUAUUCAACAAAAUCUUCAAUGUCAACAAUCCGAGAGAAAAUUUUGAACUUAUUUUUGAGACGUAGCUUUUUUAGAUUCAAGGAAGAAAAUUGUGAUUUGGCCUAGUUUAUUUGACAAUAAUGCAGUAGAUAGAAACUACUAAUUUAAAUAAACACACGAUUGCAAGGAGGUUGUUCUUAAUUUAAAGAAUAUGGCUCCUUUAAUUUUACAUGCAUCAUCUUAAAAUGUAAGUCUUUUUGCAAGGAAGAGUCUUAAUUUAAAUUACUCUACUUUACACUUUUUCA